GCGAUUGACUCUGAGGAGGAAAAAAGUUGGCGAAGCAGUUUCCUUGAGCUGCCCGACUGCAACGAUCUAUUCGAACUUGUACAGGCAGCCAACUAUUUGGACGUUAGUGAUUUGUUAGCAGCCGGAUGCAAGCAGAUUGCUGCACUUAUCAAGGGUAAAACUGUUGAGGAGUUACGUGAAUUUUUCCAUAUCGAAAACGAUUUCACACCCGAAGAAGAGGCUAAGGUAUGA